CUUUACCUUCUCCGUGUAAAGAAGUUAAAGCGUUGACAAACCCUAAGAUCAAAAAACCUAGUUACAAUCAACCCUCUCUAGGAGCUGCUUGAGUCUCUUUUCUCUAGGCAAAUGUCGCGUGUGUACGUGGGGAAUUUGGACCCAAGAGUUACUGAGCGUGAUCUCGAGGAUGAGUUCCGUAUCUAUGGAGUUAUCAAGAGUGUUUGGGUUGCUCGCAGACCACCUGGAUACGCUUUUCUAGACUUUGAGGAUCCCAGAGAUGCCCGUGAUGCCAUCCGUGAGUUAGAUGGCAAGAAUGGUUGGAGGGUGGAACAGUCUCACAACCGAGGUGGUGGUGGUGGAGGGAGCCGUGGUGGUGGCGACCGCGGAGGAGAUCGUGGUGGCCGUGGUGGGUCUGAUUUGAAGUGCUAUGACUGUGGUGAGCCUGGUCACUUUGCACGUGAAUGCCGUAACCACGGUGGCACAGGAAGGCGUCGCAGCAGGAGCCGGAGUCCUAGAUACAGGAGGAGUCCAAGCUACGGACGCAGGAGUUACAGCCCUCGUGGAAGAUCUCCUCCUCCUCCAAGGCGCCGCAGCCCUUCACCUCCUCCUGCUCGUGGUCGCAGCUACAGUAGAUCACCGCCUCCGUACAGAAGGCGUGAUGAACUGCCUUAUGCUAAUGGGAAUGGACUGAAAGAUAGACGCCGAAGCCGGAGCUGAGAGGUUUAUGCUGAGAAACUGAGAUGAUGAUGAAGUACUACUUACUUUUGGAGAUUAAGGACUGGGAUUGGAUUACAUUUUGCGUAGGUAGUAGUGUUAUGUAUCUGCCCUUAGGUAAACUAACAUAAUGUUUAGUUUUGGAAUUUCUGAUAAUAAAGACCUAUGCUUUCUCUUUUUAUUGAAGUUAACGUGGAUCCCAAACAUAGACCACCUGGCCACGUUUUCAAGUUCUUAAGUGACAUAUGUAAGACGAAAAAAAUAUCGUAAACAAAAAAAGCUAAACGAGAACAUGGUUUUGGCAUGACCACCACAAAUAAUGAAAGCAAAAAGAGACAAGAGCAUGAUCCUAGUUCGGUCCCAUCCUUCACUUCCACAUCAUUCAGUUGACACUUCUCGUUCCACUUUUGUCUGCCGACACUUGUGUUUGCUCCACGUUUCUUCGCUCUCACCGACAGUAAGAUGAGAGGUUCUCCCAA